GUUUGUGUCAUCAUGAAGUUUGCUAGUAGCUUCUUAUUCGUGGUAACAUUCAUACUAGCUCAAUACACAAUCUGGUGUCUAGCAAUCGAUGUUACCGUUAAGACAUCAAAAGGUAAAGUCAGAGGAUAUUUGGGUGGACCAAAGCAUAAUCGAAUUAACAUUUUCAAAGGAAUUCCAUUUGCAAAACCACCAAUUGGAAAGAAUCGUUUUCGGAAACCAGAACCAGUGACGAGUUGGUCAGGUGUUUUAAAUGCUACCCAGUAUCGACCAGCAUGUAUCACCGAAACAGACAAUUCAUCGAAUGGCCAACAAAAAAUUUCCGAAGACUGCCUUUAUUUGAACAUCUUCGCCGAUCCACAUUGCGCUGUCAAAAAGUGUGCGGUAGUCGUCUACAUUCAUGGAGGAAGUUUCUUCUUUCAAUCGGCGGUUAUGUUCAACGAAAGUGUAAUUGCUGAGAAAUUCGCAUCGCAUCGUAUCAUCUUCGUAAUUCCUGCUUAUCGACUCGGCAUAUUCGGCUUCAUUAGCGUUGCAGAUGAGAAAUUUGCUCCAAAAAAUCUCGGAUUCUACGAUAUGAUUGCUGCAAUUGAAUGGGUAAAAAAUGAGAUUUCGAAAUUUAAUGGUGACCCAAAUCGAAUAACUUUGAUGGGACACAGUGUUGGUGCUACAGCUGUUCAGUUGCUGACGUUGAGUGAAACUGUUCCGGAGGAUUUAUUUCAACAGGGCAUCUCGAUGAGUCAUGUUGACUUGUAUCGACGCAAUUUGAGUAACAGUAUGACGAUGGAAAUCGCUUAUCGUGUUAAUUGCACCAAAAAAGGAGAGAUCUAUGAGACUGGAGCUUUAGUUGAAUGUCUUCGAGAGACACCAGCCGACGAGCUGUUGAGGCAUCAAAACGCUUUAACUGAUGUUGAAUACUUCGAUAUGAUGUUUGGUCCUGAACCUGAUGGUUACCUAUUCAAGGCUGAUACCGCGUUCAAGUUACUGAGACAAAACAAACGUCCUAUGCUUCUCGGAGUGACCAAAAAUGAGUUGGCAUUAACUCGCAUGAGGUCGACAGUACCACGCGAAUGUGCUACAUACACUGGAGUUUUUGGCUAUCGUACAAGUGAAGCAACUGAAGCUUGUAUAGAAAGAUACUCCUUCAGGAACGGUAAAUUAUCCGUGAUGAAAGAUGAGACUCAUUCGAGUGCGCUUCGAAUGGCCAUGCGACUGUCGUCUCCAUCAAUCAACAAGGCAUCACCGUCCGUAUUUUUGUACUCAUUCGAAAUGCCUCACCACGACUCACACAGUGGUGAUAUCAGAUUUUUGUUCGAUAAAGAUUAUUAUCCACGGCGAAAAAAGAUGAAUGAUGAUGAGUUAUCGAUGGAUAAAAUAUAUCCGACUUAUAUAAGGAUGUUCGUCAAGACUGGCCAACCCAGUAGCGAUUGGAAGGCAUUCAAUAGCGAUCAACGCAAUUUCAUGAGAAUAACGCAUGUAACAUACGAAAAUGGAUCGAUAGUCGAGCCUCAAAUGCAGAAUGCUUUCUACAAUAAUGAAGCACAUUUGUGGCUGGAACAGUUCGCGAAUGUCGAACGAAGAGCACUUGAAAUCAACCGAUCCAAACAACACUCUGCUAAAACAUUCCUCGCUGACGAAAUCAAAGCUGAUGAUAUAGGAGAGGAUUCCACUGAUACGCCUGUGCUAUUCUGGAUGGGCUCAUUUUUAAUCACUCUAGUAUUCGUUUGCCUAGUGAUUACUCUCACUCUACUCGUUCUAAUUUUGUACAUCAGAAAGUUUGGUUAUCCGUCAUGGUUACGAAACAAAGUCAGCGACGAACAUAUUGAGGAGAGGUACAUUUUUAGAUUCUUGAAAACCUGA